AUGAUCAUUGUCCACGUCAACGAUCGGCUCGGCACCAAGUCGGCCAUUCCCUGCCUGCCUUCAGACACAGUCGGCCAGUUCAAGCUCAUGAUUGCCGCCCGCAUCGGCCGAGAAGCCGGCCAAAUCAUGCUGAGGCGACAGGGCGAGCGGCCGUUCAAAGACCACAUUACGUUGGAGGACUAUGGCAUUUCGAACGGUGUGCAGCUGGAUCUCGAAGUUGACACUGGCGAUUGA